AUGGCAGACGUAGCAGACGGCGCUUCCGCGUCUCCCGCAAAGCAAGUGAUCUAUUGCGGCAUAUGUAGUCUUCCGCCAGAAUACUGCGAGUUCGGCGGCACGACCAAGAAGUGUGAGGAAUGGCUGCAGAAGAACCAUCCCGCCAUGCACGAGCGGUUAUAUUCCCAAGACGCCAUAGAAGCCAACCUCUCCACCCUCUCCCUCGACGCCCAAAAACGCGCCGCCAAAGACGCCGAGAAGAAAGCUGCCAAAGCCGCCUCCGCCGCUGCCAAGGAGGAAGAGCGCAAGGCUUCCUCAAAAGUCAUCAUCAAGCGCGUCGAGCGCAACAAGCGGAAAUAUGUCACUGAAGUUUCUGGGCUGGAGGCCUUUGAUCUGGACCUGAAGAAGGUGGCCAAAGAUUUCGGCAAGAAGUUCGCGACGGGCAGCAGUGUGACCAAGGUGCCUGGAGGUGGUGAGGCGAUCACGGUACAAGGCGAUUUGAGUGACGACAUCUACGAUUACGUGACGGAGAAUUACGAGCAGAUCCCUGAGGACAACGUGGAAUGUGUGGAGGACAAGAAGAAGAAACCAGCUUCUUGA